AUGGCCGACCACGCCGCAAGCGAGGAGGAGCCGCCCAUCCUGCUCGACCGCGCGGCGCGUGCCACCCGAGGAAAGAGGAUAACCAAGCUCGUAGAGGAGGAGGUCGAGCUUGACGAGGCUUUCUGGGGCCAAGAAGCCCUGAAGGAGGACGAGGAGGAUGAUAACUAUCAGGAAGAGCAGGAUGCUGGUGAUGUAUUCGACAGUGAUUUCGAUGAAGAUGAACCUCAACCUGACGACGACCCAGAGAAGGAAGUGAGUGAGAGAUUACCUAUUAAGAAGCGGCUAGUUUUCCCUGGGAAGACCAUGAAAAAAAUGAAAGCCAAGAAGAAGAAGAAGAAGAAUAAGGUCAUCAAACUAGAGGAUGAUGAAGGCAUAGAUGACAAGAAUCCUGAUAAGACAACUUCAUCCAAACAAUCAGAUGUUCCUGAUGAAUGGGAGUCUGAGAAAACGAUCAGGAAAUCAACCAGAACAUCUGUCAUUGUGAGACAAGCUGAGCGAGAAGCAAUACGUGCUGAAAAGAAAGCUACUGCUAAGCCAAUUAAGAAGAGAAAAGAGGGAGAAGAAAAACGUAUGACACAAGAAGAGAUGCUCUUGGAAGCAGCUGAAACUGAGAUUAUGAACAUGAGAAAUCUUGAACGUGUACUGGCAAGAGAGGAGGAGGUGAAGAAAAAAGCUGUUGUUCAGAAAGCUGUCUAUGAGGGUCCUACACUUCGAUUUCACUCGAGAGAUGGGGAAUCACGUCUGGAAUUCAUUAAUGGGGCAUCAUUUGGGUCUGAACUUUGUACGACUUCAACUCCUUAUCCGGAAAAAUCUGUUUGCAUUGUAACAGGACUUCCUGCCAAAUACCGUGAUCCAAAGACUGGAUUACCUUAUGCGACAAUGGCAGCGUUUAAGAUCAUCCGGGAGAGUUUCCUGAAAGAGGAGCCGGAUAAGAAGAGGCCCAACAUGUCAAAUAUGGGAGAACUCUUUGAAUCAGUAGCCGGUGAACAUUCUACGCCUAAGAAGAAAAGAAUAGAGUCAAGAUCGCCAAUAUCAGGGGACCUAAGGCACGGCGGACGCUUCAGACGAAUACCUGCUCUUGAUGUCAUGGACGAGGACUGA